AUGGCGCCAGGCCGGCGGCGGUGCCUGCUAUGCGGCAGCACACGCUUCCAGAUCCUGUCGUCGCAGCUUGUGUGCUCGUCGGGACACUUGCAGCGCGACUUUAGGAUUGAGACUGCCCAGGAAGAUGACGGAUUUGGUGCUCAAAUUACGACGCGCACGCGUUCGUUGAACCGUGCGUCGCAGCGCGCUUCGAUGCGUGCAGAGCGGCGGCGGCUACAGCUUUCGGAGCGGCGGCGUGUGCGCGGUCGAGAAGGACUUGUGCGUGGAGUACAAGCAGGAGAAGGAGGUGUUGCUUUGCUCCAUGGGCCGCGCGCAACGUUUGCGAUUGUCCAGUGUUUCCAGCUCGUGCUGCGGCACCAACUCGUGGCGCUGCGUGCAUUGUACAGUGAUAUACCGCACGAAAUAGAUGGCGUUGCGCGCGAGCUGUGGGCUCUGCAUGUAUCGAGUGAGCCGCUGAAACCUGCACCGUACCUUGCUGCACAGACAGCACAGUCGCCGGACGACACAAAGUCAUUAUCGCUAGAGACCCUUUCCUUACGCUCGACAAUUGCAGUCCUCUUUCUAGCCCUGGUGAUGUGCCGAGUGCCGAUUUCUUUGGGCGAAUUGCGCGGACAUGUGCAUGCACGCACGCUACCCUAUUUGAACGCAUUGCAGCGUCUGCCGCAGACGCUGACUGAUACUUUGUCCAACACAGACAUUACUUUUGCAGCAUUAGACACGGAUAUUCUUCCGAGCGUCACGGAGUUGCAUGCACGAAUCGGCAGCAUUGCGACGCGGCUUCAUUUACAUAGAGGCCUUGCACUUCCGGAAGUAAAUGCUCCGCCGAUUCUUGCGCGGCUCGUGCGCCGUAUGCUGCUGCCUGCAACCAUGUACGUGGGAGCCAAGUCCCUCCUUACCUUUUUACACAUUGAUAUGCAUGUGCGGAAUGUCUCGGUGCAGUUGCCUAAUGGGACGAACUAUGCUGCCGAGCCAAGCGCGCUGAACUACUCGCGCAACGCGACAGUCCCGCGGUGUGCGAUGCUUAUGGGUGCGUUGCUAGUCAUGGCCAAGCUUCGCUGGGGCCUUGAUGGGCGUGCGCGGCACGAAACGCAAUCCAGACUUGGGCAUGGUAUGGCUUUUUCUGGUACGCCGGACGUGCAGGCAUGGAUCAAUGCAUUGUGCUGCUCGGUUGGCAUGCCAGAAGAGGCGCUAGAAACGCUGCCCAAGGCGCCGUUCCGCCCGUGGGAUACCUCGGCAGAUUUGCUCUCACUCACAGACGAGGACAUGGACGCGUAUCUUGCGUUUCUCGAGUCGCAAUACACGCCGCGCAAUGUCCCACGCAAUCAGCCGCACAAGCUGCGGGGCAAUUUGCACGAUUUGCAGAGCUUUGCCGAGGCGCCGAAGCGCACGGCAGUGGUGGACGAAGCACAGGUACGCUCUGCAGCAUGGGAGCAGAACGCGGCGCUGUACCGCUCAUUAUACCCAGUAUCGCCGCAUGUAGCAACCGAUGACGAAGUGGUGGCUGCGCCGGGCGAUGCAUACCCCGUCUAUUCGUACGAUCCUGCAGGAACGAUGCACCGAGAUUUUUGCCGCGUGGUGGAUGCUGCAAAUAGGGUGUUGGGAUUUGACACGGAUCCUGCGCCGCAAAAACCACACGCAACGCGGCGUCUGUGCGAUCAGGAUUUACUGCUCGACUGUGUCAUGCACCUGGACGAGGCACUGAUCACGACAUUAUUGAGAAAUAGGCAAAGGGGGGCAAAGCAGAAAAAGGGAGAGGAAGGGAAGAGGGAAGGGAAGUAA